AUGGAACUUGAAAAAAGGUUGUCAGCUUUUGCUAUUGAAUAGUUACAAAAGGCCUAUGAAUAUUGUGGAUCAGAGGGAACUAUACAUUUUUAUAAUUAUUGGGAGUAAAAUGUGUUACAAUAUUGCAUCUUAAAAGUAUGAAUAAUAAUGAUUAGGUGAUUAUAUAUAAAGAAUAAUAAGAAGUUGAGAAGGAACUUAAAAUUUAUGAUUAAUUUUUAAAAAGCUUAAAUGAUAACCCUAAUUUAGUAAAAACUUUAAAAGUAAUUCAUUUGAGAGAUCUUAAAUUAAUUUGUAUCCUUAUGCAGAAAUGUAAUAUAAAUCUAUAAGAUUAUAUGAGGAAAUCUCUUACAUUUAAUUCAAUACUAAUAUUUUUUCAUCAAUUUCUAAAUGGUUAUUAAUCAUUGUAUCAAUCCAGAGUAGUUCACAGAGAUAUCAAACCUGAAAAUAUUUUAGUAUAUUUUUAGAAUAAUUAACCUAUAUACAAAAUUUCAGAUUUUGGAGUCUCUAAGAUUUGUCAUUUUUAUUUCAAUACUCAAAGCCAAGUUGGAACCGCUUAAUAUACAGCUCCUGAAUGAA